GUUCCCCCCCGCGCUCCUUUGUCCCCGACCACGACCGCGACCACGACGACGAUGGAGUUCCCGACGUACCCCGCCUCGAUGUCGACGUUCGACGACUCUGCCUUCUUUUCCCCCGACGUCCUUCCCCGCCGCGGCAACCUGCACGCGUCCAUCCGCACCUACUCCUGCCCCGAGUCCGACGAGCAGUCUGUCUUCUACUUCGGCCUGCAGUCGCCUCGCGAGACAAAGGACGAAUUCAGCUCGUUCCUCUACCUCGACCUUGCUGACGCGGGCUCGUCGCGGCAGACCAGCCUCCGCGGGAAGGCGUCCGGCUCGCGCUCGCAGCCGCGCAAGUCUAUGUCCGACACAAGGACAUCGUUCUUGGUGGUAACCUCCGCCGAUGCCGAUGACUUUACGGCAGAUAUGCGAACGCCCUCUCCCGACUUCACGGAUCUGCUCUCUGCCACAUUACGGUUCGACGACCCGGAUUCCUAUACACCCAUGCCACGAUCCCCGGCUACACCGACGACGCCCUCUGCGCGCCGCCGCUCACGCGACCACCUCCCCUCGCCGAAGCCCGCGCCUUCCUCGCUCCUCCCACCCGUCCCGCCUCGCACGACGCACCUCCAGUCGCUCACCCUACCUACGAGCCCCGUCUCCUACGCCCUCCCGUCCUCCCCACCCGUCUCGCACCGCGCGUCGCACUCUGCGCCGUCCGUGCUCUCGUCUUUCCUCCCUAGCCCGCGUACUCCACGAAAUAGACUCAAUGGUAGAGAAUCAAGGCGGCGCGAGAGCCGCGCGUCGGGCCUGACGCGGGGCUCCUCGAUCACCUCGCACCAGCGCCGCGCGAACCGCAACAACGCGCUCGCUGCGCUUGAGGGCCGCUCGCGCUCCCCACACCGUAUAUCGCGCGGCCGUGAGAACUUCAUGUCCAUGUCCGACGACGAGGACGACGAUGCGGACGCGGACGACGAGAAGGAGAACGACUGCGAUCUCGAGGAGGAAGAAGAGGCAAGACUGGAUGAUUUCGUGCAGGAGCAGGAGACGCGGCCGAGGGACUCGAUACACCUGCACGACGCGAUGCUGAUCGAGGACGAGGAUGUUGUGAUCCCGCUCUCGCCGUCGGCCUGUAUGAACGGCUCGCGGCCGCGCGCGCACUCGCGGGUGCCGCUUCCUCCUAUGCCCAUCACUGCUACGCUGGCUCCGGCAGUCAAGGCCCGCUCGAGAGCGAACACCCUUCUAUUAAGUGUGAACGUUGGUGCCACAAAACCCGCGACACCGAUAUCAACUCCGCCGCCGUCGGCGAGGAGGCUGAGCAGAAGGACACGGAGCAUGACGCUCGAGUCGUGGUUUCCGCCGCUGGCGAACUUUAUUGACCUCGCGGACGACGCGAGCGCGGAGGUCGGCCGGUGGCGGAGUUUUAUCGACGUCGCGAGCCCGUGAAUACGGCGCACACCAGAGGAGGAGAGAUAACGCGAGAAGGGUGCGGGUCACCCGGGUCGCGCGUGAAGAAAGAAAACCAAAGAAUGAAUGUCGCCGCCGUGACGAGGCGGAAAGAAUCUGCUGUCCAUCCAGCGCCUGCCUGCUACUGUUGUCUUGUCUAUCUAUGCAUCUGUAUCACCCACUCACCGCCGUCCACUCGCUUCCAUUGCAUACGCACACGCAUAUAUCCACCCGCUCAUCAACCACCAACCAAGCAUAACUUGUACUUUUCUCUUCGUUCUCACCGCCUGCCCCUCAGUGUGCGCAUACAUCCGUAUGUGUAUGUACAUCUGUGUCAUCAUUCGAUGUGUUGCUAUACAGUACAUUCCAUUCGUUGGUUCUGAAUCGGUACCGUACUUAAUUCGCUCGUUAGAGGCUAGUAGUCGUUAGUCCCUCAGUUAGUCAGUCGAUACUGUCCCUUUGUGUAUUUCUUGAUGUCGUUCCAAUGCCAUGUUGGGAUGAAUACGCG